CAACGCUGAAGGACAACCAUGAAGACUCUGGUAGAGAUCCAAGUCUACCGUGCUGUGUGGACAGCGUGCUGGCCCAUUGUGAGGUGGCUUGUUCGGGCGAAAGACACGCGGCGGAAGGUACCGGCAAGCGUGUCGAUUGAAAGGACAGGUGACGCCAUACCACCAGACCAUUUCCGAUCAAGUCCACGCGGGGUGGUGUGGAUUCACGGUGCCUCUGUCGGCGAAUGCUUGAGUGCUUUACCGUUGAUCAAGGUGAUCACCGACGAAUCCAAGGACGCUUCGACGAUGCCACCAUGUCAAGUGCUCGUGACUACAACGACACCAAGCGCGCGGGCCUUGCUCACACAGAGACUUGUGUCUAACCCCAAUGCCCAUUGCAUCUUUGCUCCGCUGGACCAUGCUCCGUGUGUGCGGCGAUUCUUGGAUACUUGGCAGCCAGUGGCGGCGAUAUGGAUCGAGUCGGAACUGUGGCCCAACAUGCUUGUCGAAACCAGCUCACGCCAGAUUUCUAUGGCGCUUCUAAAUGGCCGCAUGUCAACUCGAUCGUUCAAUCGAUGGAAUUCGUGGAUGGGUCGACGGCUGGCGCGUUCGUUGCUAAGCCACUUCGAGACCGUGUGGUGCCAGAGCCCCCAAGACAUGCAUCGGUUUCAAGCCCUAGGUCUCUCGGAUACUGCUAAAUACAUUGGCGAUUUGAAAUUUUUGACCACGAAAGCCGACAUGGACGCCACAUCCUUGGACAACCUCAAGCGCGCAGUCGAGUCGCGCGUCGUGUGGACGGCUGCCAGCACCCAUGAAGGCGAAGAAGCCUUGGUGGUGGAAGCCCACGUCGACCUCUUGCGUCGCCAUCCCCGUCUCUUGUUGGUGCUCAUCCCCCGCCAUCCCCAUCGAGUCACUUCGAUCGUUCAAGCCAUACAGUCCAAGCAUCCCCUCGUCAACGUCACUCUCCGGUCGCGCCACGGCGUCCCAGAAGCCAACUCGGAUGUGUUUAUUGUCGACACCAUGGGCGAAACCCAAAUGUGCUACGAAGUGUCGCGGGUGGCGUUUGUGGGGGGGUCGUUGGUUCCGAUAGGGGGCCACAACGUCCUCGAGCCGCUGCGGUCGGGGUGCACUGUGCUCCAUGGUCCGCAUAUGGCCAACUUUACUUCGGUCGUUCAGACAUUGGGCACGUCGCCCCACGUGGUGCAAGUGACGGCGUCGACGCUCGUUCCGACGUUGGACCGAGUUUUCCUUGAGGAGUCGUCGACCCGUUCUCGUCAACUCGAGUCGUUGGAGCCCAUUCAACGCACCAUGUGGACUCACGUUUAUCGCUUCUUAAACGCGAUCCAAAUAUAACCACAAGUGUGUCGCGAA